AUGACCACACCCGACGUGGCUCCGGCCACAGCUACUACCGCCUCGCAGCCCUUUGACGACUUAGUCGACAAGGUCGAGAGCGGCUACGCCGCUAUGCCUACCACCCCAAAGACAGCCACGUCCUUCUCAACAUCCAAACCGCAAGGUCUCCAGCGUUUCGCCGUGCAGAGCGUGCAUCUACGCGAGUGCUUCGCCGAGUUCCUCGGCACCUUCGUCAUGAUCGUCUUCGGUAUGGGCGUCAACAACCAA